UUUCAACUUUUGAGUUAGGAAAACAAAAAUUGUGUAAAUAAGCGUAAAACGCGCAAAACAGUGCUGCCCAUUCACGCAUUCACCAAAAUCCAACUAACAACGCUUAUCACACCAAAGUCAAUGUCUUCCUCUGAGGCUGAAGUCGACAUCAGCGUGGUGUCCAGCCCCGAACCCAGUCCGGCCGGUUGUGGGAAUGGCCGCGACACACCCUUGCGUUCCGCUUCGCCGGCGCCCUCCAACGGCAGCACACCAACCACUACAUCAACGCCAACCACAGCCGCCGGCACACCCACAUCCAGUUCACACUUCCACAGCCCGACCACCACAGCGCUGGCCGCCGUACCGCCUACGGUGCUGCACCAUCACCUACAGCAUCACUUAAGUAGUCUGAGCGGUCAUCCGGUGGCGUUACAUCAUGCACUCCACAGUUUCGGCCACCUGCAUCCAGCGCAUCCUGCCUACCCGGCGCACCAGCAGUUGCUGCAACAUGCGGCGGUCACACCGACACCUGGUCAACUGGCAAUGGUCUCAGCGGCGGUGGAUCGACUUAGUCCACCAGCUAUGGCUGCCAUGGCGCCACACUCGCCCGAACGCAAUGGCGGCGAUGAUCUUACCUCGCUGACAUGCAGCAAUAACAACAAUAAUAAUAAUAACAAUAACAAUAAUAGUAAGCUUUUCAAUCACAACAACAAUAGCGACAGUAAUGGCAGCAGUCAGAAUAUGGCGCUGGGUCGCGUUGAGACGAGCAACGGUUGUGGUGCGGCCGGCGGUAAUGGCAAGGUGACAACGGGCAAUGGUUUUACAAGUUUCUCUAUAUCGAGCAUCCUCAGUCGCAGUGAACCGACUAAAAAGAGUGGCUGUGGCCAUAAUGGGCCAACGUUAAUCACACCGAUACCACAGCUGCCACAACCGGGCGCCGGUGGACCACAGGAUGCGGCAAUGCUUUCGAGAUUGGGUUUCAUCUCACAAUGGGGCGCUUUAGCUGGCCGUUACGCAGCGCUAUGUCCUCCAGGUUGGCCGUGGGCGCCGCAACGUAUGCCAUUCCACAGUCCCACACACGAUAGUUCCUCCACUAACACAACGGAGAAUCCCUCCUCGCCCACAUCGCUGAGUCCAAAUCAUAUUGGGAACAAUAAUAGUAGCAACAACCACGGCAGCGGUGGCAACAAUGGCAAUAACAAUGGCACCAAAUCGCCUUCACCACAUGGUUACAGUCACAACCAACAACAGCAUCCACAUUCGGCACAUCCGCACCAACCCGUAACGCCCACUAGUAGUAGCGGUGGCAGUGCCGGACAUCCGCAUCUUAGUCAUCACAGUUCACAUUCGAACUCGAGCUACUUGCUACCCAGCAGCUCUAACGAGUCGGAUGACGAUGGUGAAGAGAUCAUCGAAGAGGACGAUGGCAAUGAUGGUCCAUCGGACGGCUCCUCGCCGCAGGGCGGCGAUGGAAAUCAGACGAAACGCAAGAAGAAGACACGCACCGUUUUUUCGCGUGCACAAGUCUUUCAGUUAGAGUCUACAUUCGAUCUGAAACGCUACCUCAGCUCAUCGGAGCGCGCCGGUUUGGCUGCUUCAUUGCGUCUAACCGAAACACAAGUGAAAAUUUGGUUUCAAAACCGUCGCAACAAAUGGAAACGCCAAUUGGCGGCCGAAUUGGAGGCAGCCAAUAUGGCAAAUAUGGCACACGCAGCGCAGCGUUUAGUACGCGUACCAGUGCUCUAUCACGACGGCUCUGGCACGGGAUUUGUGCCGCCACCACCGCCACACCAUCAUCCUAUGCAGUACUAUGCGGCAGCAGCAGCGCGUAAUACAAGCCCGCCACGUCCGCCACUUUCGUCGCUGGUAUAGGGUGUGGGGUGC